GAAGGCCAGUCGGCUCGCUGUGUCACAGAGAGUCACCUUAAGCCCGUGUGACAACUCCCAUUCUGUCCCUUUGUGACAAGCUUAAUCACUAUAAUGCCAGGUCUCUGCGCGCUUUGUCUCGCCGUCGCGCUGGCUGCGCUCGCCCGGCUCACCGGCUCUGUGGGGCCGGUGGUCCGAUGUGAGCCGUGCGACGCCAGCGUGCUGCAGCAGUGCAAACCGCUGCCGAAGGACUGCGCGGAGAGCGUGAGAGAGCCCGGCUGCGGCUGCUGCAUGACGUGCGCCCUCGGCGAAGGACAGGCUUGUGGAGUGUACACUGCGCGCUGCGGCUCCGGCUUGACCUGCAAGCAUCAGCCCGGGGAGAACCGUCCUUUGCAAGCUCUGUUGGAGGGACGAGGGGUAUGCACCAGCGCAACAAAAAAACUCAUCAGCAAUCUUAAGCCGGCGCAAAAACAAGAAAAUGCAGGAAAUCAAGUGGACGACGGCGCCAAUGUGACCGUGACCGUGACGGUCGUGCCUGCUGAGGCAACUGUGAACUGCGGGCACAGCCCAGGGUCAAUGAACACUAGGCCUCCUCUGCACAACACACUUAUCCAGAAGGCUGAAAAUAGGAAGACGCAGAGCUACAAGGUGGAACCUGUGUCAGGAGGAGUCAGUAAGGACAUGCACAACUUCUCCCUGGAGAACAAGAGGGAGACUGAGUAUGGGCCAUGCAGACGGGAGAUAGACAGCAUCAUGAACAGCCUGAAGAUCAACAACGUGCUCAACCCUAGAGGCUUCCGCCUUCCUAACUGUGACAAAAAGGGCUUCUACAAGAAAAAACAGUGUCGCCCAUCCAAAGGCAGGAACCGGGGCUUCUGUUGGUGCGUGGACAAAUACGGGCAGCCUCUCCCAGGCUACGAUGACAAGCAGGGAAAGACAAAGUGCUAUCACCUGGAGAGUAAAUGAGGGGAGGACAGAUGAGACAACCCAUGGAUGGAGAGAAAGAGGAAAACAGCACAAAAAAAGUCAAAAAAAGAAAUGGAACGAAAGAAAUAAGGGAAAGGGAACGAGGACCUGUUUUUGCUCUUGCAUGUAGAUUGAUGUAAACAUUUGAAGGAACUUUGGACCUUUUGUUUUAGGUCCCAUUUCAAGGGUGGGGGGAGUACAAGGAUUAGGGAGAGGGUAGGGGGUGGAGCACAGUCUCCUGUCCUUUAUAGCUAUCUGUCCUAUACUUAGGGAACCUCCAUCCUUUCUUUAAAAUAUGUAUAAAAAACAGUUAAGCUGAGACAGAAUGGGAGGAAAGAAUAAAUCCUAUCAUCUGCACUAUUUUUAAAGGGGGAGAGGAAGGAGGGACUUUCCCACUCACUUUAAAGAGGACUUGUUUAUGACUGUGACCCCGCGCCCCCCUCUAAGAAAGUCACACCAACACCGAUCUAUCAUGUGUGUGUUUGUUGUAAGUGUGUAACCGCGAGGUUUGUUUGUCUUUUAAUCCGUGAGCGCCUGCAUAACUUACGUUUUCACAGCUGCCUGUCUGUGCAAGAUGGUGUGUGAGAGCAUGCUUUCCCAAAACAGCUUCCCUUCCUUCGACCCUGCUCCAUCAAACAAUGCAGAAAAAGACAACACCUUCUGGCUCAGGGUCCAUUUUGUAGUGCAAGGUGUAUGGAAUGGCAGAGUUUUUUUUUUUUUUUUUUAGCACGUUGACCUCCUUUCUUUGCUGCCUUUUUGCUGUUUGUCACUGAUGUGCAGGGUAGAUGGAUUGAAGGCAACCUGUGCAGUUAAAGUGCCUUAAAAUCCUUAACACCUCCUUUUUCCUUCUUAAUUGCAUGAGACAAGUUAUGUUUCAAAUAUUAAGACUUGAGAAGUCUUGAGAAGACCUGAGAGCAUCCAAUGCAUGUUACAUUUCUAGAUUUUGAUAAUCGUUUUAGAACAAAUAGGUAUAUCAGCAUAAUUUCUAGCAGAGAUCCAAGGCAUUGUAUCCUCUGUUUAAACAGAUUUUGAAGAAAGGACAUUAAAAAUACCACCCCAGCCUGACUGAUGGAUGUUUGCUGAAUUGAAAAGCCGUCCAAGCUAACCACAUACGUUUUCAUGAGUGCAUUUAAAAGCUAGUUUGCUCACUUGAAAUCAAAUUUUUGAUGGUUUUCUCGUAAAAGCAGUCAAUCUACGUAAAAUCUGCUUGCACGUUUACAAAUACGACAUUAAUUUUCUUCCCCGUGUUCUGUGUUCAUUCUUCUCUCAUCGUUCUUGCAACUCUGAGGUUCUCUAGUCCUUAAUCACAUGCCAUUGUCCUCAGCUUGCCCUCUUUCUGUGUAUGUGCCUGAUCCUGAUCCCUUGCCCCGCCUCAUCCUGUCUUAGUGGUGCAACAUGGUGUUUGCUUGUUUCAGUUUUUUUUUCUUUACGGGUCAAGUCAGGUGUGACCGUUUUUGCUCUGCCACAGGUGCCAGCUGCCCCCUAUGCUUCAAGCACAAGCACUUAUAGCACUUUAGCUGUCCCGCUGCUACGCAGUUCUAGACAAUUGGACCUAUCUGCGUCUGCGUAACCUUCCAUGGCGGUAAUGCCAAAUUUAACAGCGUGUUAUAAGAAAACAAUAAUAUUCCAUUGAGAAAAAUAAAUGAAAGUAAAUGUAUACAAUUCAGGUCCAUUUUUGUGCAAAAGCUUUAAAGCGUCUUUUUUUCCUGAAACUUACAGGCUGUCAGACUUUCAUGUAAUCUUUUAAAGUGUGUUUGAUCACCAGUUCUGGUGGCUUUGUAAAACCUUUCUCAGGGCUUUUAAAAAAUGUUCUUUGAAAAUCAACUCAACUGUCCGGUCCUUUUACCUCACCAUGACAGUAUACUGUGAAUGGUACUUUGAAAAAUAGCACAAGGUAAUUACUAGUAGUAAUUAGUUAGAACUAACUAGUACUAAUUUGUUUUAACACCAUAGUACCAUAAAAGAUAAUUAAGGAUCCUUUUGCAUUUGUUUCAUUCUUAAAUGGUUUUCAUUUUAAUAUUAGAUUUAUGAAAGGUCAGUAAAGUUACAUGAAUGCUUCCCAGCCCAUAUGUGUGAUUUUAUGAAUAACACAUAAAACAUGCUUUAAAUUAUUCCUAAAAGUCUAUUUUGGUCAUUAAUACAUACAAUUUUCAAAAAAUAUAUUUUCUCCUCUUUUAGCCCACAGAAAAACUUUCAGAUAGAUUUAGAAAGGCUUGAGAAAUUGAUCUAAACCACUUCAGCAACAUUGCAGGAAAGUCUUUCCGCUUGGAAGCAAACUAUGAAGUAAAAGAAGGGUUGUUUAAAACUUUUGGACUGUAGUGGAAACCAGAUCUCCUGGCAACAAAUAUAACAACAAAUAUAACAAACAACCGCGUUGGUGUUUUUCCAUUGAGUGCAUCUAUUUUUUUUCUCCUUUGUUUUUAUUGUUGAUGCUUUUGUUUCUUUGAGAAAAUGCUUGUGUGAUCACAUGCCAACAAAUCUCCACAAGGUGGACACAGCACCAAAAAUGCAUUCACACACAUGGCAGGGGGUCUUACAGAGGCAGUGCGGUCCUCUCUAUGGGGCUUCCUGCCCCAUGCUCUCCCACAUCCUGUGCACAGACUUGAAAUGUGGAGAGAUGGCCGAAGAGAGCCUGCUCAGUUGCUCAGUAGCUCAGUAGCACCACAUCAACUUAACACACUCAGAUGGCGGCAACUUACAACCAGCCUAUUGGUGCUAAAUCCCAUCUAUUCAGAGACUUGAUUUAAGGGGAGGAACAAACAGAAAACAUUUAAGCUAUUCCCUCCCUAAUAUUUGUACGUGUGUCUUUUUAUAUAUUAUUAUUUUUAUUGUUAUUUUUAGUAAUAUUUCCUGGCCAGCUACAUGUCUGACUGGACAUCAUGUACAGUGCGUAAAAAUAAAAAUUAUUUAUCUAUGAAAGAAUUAUAAGCUGAUCCAAAAUUGGUUUUCUUAUGAAGAAUUCAGUGACUCACCGAUUGCACAGCACAGUCUAUAUGAUUCAGUGUAUUUUUGGGGACUAUAAUCACUAAUGAAUGUUUUCUUCUUGAAGAACCAUUUCCUUCUGUUGCUAACCUCCACUCCCUCUCAGUGUGGCAUUCAGGCCAUCCAUGUUCACCAGCCCUUAAGGACAGUGAACCUCUCACAACAUCACUUCCCUCCAUGCACACACGCAGCCAUCCUGCCUCCGCCAGUCAGCGCAGAACCAGGGUCACAUUUCUGUUCUGUCACAUUUUAUUCAGUUUUCAAACCAGCUUCUUAAAGCUGAAGCUCUCUCUGUUCACGGGUAUUGUAAUGUUUUAUUCAAGCUUCUCGUGGUACAAGCUACAAAUCACAAAGCUAUUUUUUUUUUCCAAAAGAGGAAAUGAUUUUGAAUCAAGAUAUACUUUGUAUUUAAUGUCAUUUUUUAAAUAAAAAUGAACACAUUU